GCGCCAUUUUGGGCCUGUGCGAGGCGGGCGGCAGCGGCACCGGGUUCCAGCGGCGAGCGUUGCGCUGGGGGCUUCGCCCCGCCGCCGGGCCUCGGCGGGGAGGCGGGGCCGGCGGCCCGCCAUGGAGAGCGAGUACUACAGCGGGGACCAGUCAGAUGAUGGUGGAGCUACUCCAGUGCAAGACGAACGAGAUUCAGGAUCUGAUGUUGAAGAUGAAGGAAAUGAGCAGCAUUCUGGAUCUGAGAAUGGGAGUGUAGGGCACCAUUCAGAGAAUGAACACAGUGAUGGAGAAGAUGAUGGACAAAUAGGAGAGCCUCAUAUGACAGACUCUGAAAAUGAAGAUAUCCCAAGGCAAAAAGACAGUGACUCAGAUAAUGAGGAGCCUCCAAAUCACAAUGUAAGUGAUUCAGACAAUGAAGCAGCACAUGGAGGGAAAGACAGUGAUUCUGAUACUGAGGACCAUCCAAAUCAGCAUCUAAGUGACUCUGAGAAUGAAGAUGCCUUAAAUCAUCGAGCAAGUGACUCUGAAAAUGGAGAACCUCACAGGGAUCACAGUAGUGAUUUUGAGAAUGAGGAAUCACACAAGCAGCCGGCCAGCGACUCAGAGAGUGAGGAGCUCCACAAGCAGCCGGCCAGCGACUCAGAGAGCGAGGAGCUCCACAAGCAGCCAGCCAGUGACUCAGAGAGUGAGGAGCUCCGCAAACAGCCGCCUAGCGACUCGGAGAGCGAGGAUGUUUCCAGGCACAAACAAGAAAUAGAGUCUGAGGAUAGUGAUGGGGAGGACAGAAAGGAGGAAGUGCAGAAUGAUUCUCAUCAUUCAGAUAACGAACACAUGAGGGAAGGAUUUCAGGGCACUGACAGUGAAGAGGAAGCUCCUAAGAGACGAAAAAUAUCCGACAGUGAUGAAGAGGAGAAAGAGGAGGAGAAGACAGUGAAGAGAAAACCAGCUAUUCUUUCUGACAGUGAGGAUGACAAUGAGAAAACACCUGCUAAAAAAGUACGAAUUCUUUCUGAUGUCGAAGAAUCAGAUAGUGAUGCUGCUUCAGAGAAAUCUGACAAAAGGAAGAAAAAUAUUGUAUCAGACAGUGAGGAAGAAGAAGAAGAAAGUAAAGAAAAUGCUGGGAAGAAAAAAGAAGAGAAAGAUCUGUUUGGCAGCGACAGUGAAUCUGGAAAUGAACAAGAGAACCUGAUUGCAGAUAUAUUUGGAGAAUCCGGUGAUGAGGAAGAAGAGGAAUUUACAGGUUUUAACCAGGAAGAUUUGGAGGAAGAGAAAGGUGAUGCAGACAUGAAGGAGACGGCAGAUGAAUCAGACUCUGAUGAUAACAUCAAAAGAGGGAAGCAUAUGGACUUCAUGUCAGACUUUGACAUGAUGCUGCAACGAAAGAAGAGUAUGAGUGGCAAGCGUAGACGAAACCGUGAUGGUGGAACUUUUAUUAGUGACGCAGAUGAUGUCGUCAGUGCUAUGAUUGUGAAGAUGAAUGAAGCUGCUGAGGAGGAUCGACAGCUGAAUACACAAAAGAAACCAGCACUAAAGAAAUUAACUUUGCUUCCAACUGUAGUUAUGCAUCUUAAAAAGCAAGACCUGAAAGAAACUUUCAUUGAUAGUGGUGUUAUGUCUGCUAUCAAAGAGUGGCUUUCUCCUCUUCCAGACCGAAGUCUGCCAGCACUAAAGAUACGAGAGGAGCUUCUGAAGAUCCUGCAAGAGCUGCCCAGUGUGAGCCAAGAGACCCUGAAGCACAGUGGCAUUGGACGAGCUGUGAUGUACCUCUACAAACACCCCAAAGAGUCAAGACCUAACAAGGAUAUGGCAGGGAAACUAAUCAAUGAAUGGUCUCGACCCAUAUUUGGCCUUACCUCAAACUACAAAGGCAUGACAAGAGAAGAGAGGGAACAGAGAGAUUUGGAACAGAUGCCUCAGCGAAGGAGAUUGAGCAGCUCUGGUGGUCAGACUCCCCGCAGGGACUUGGAGAAAGUGUUAACUGGAGAGGAAAAGGCUCUUAGGCCCGGAGACCCCGGGUUCUGUGCCCGUGCAAGGGUGCCCAUGCCCUCCAACAAGGACUAUGUGGUCAGGCCAAAGUGGAAUGUGGAGAUGGAGUCCUCCAGGUUCCAGGGGACCUCUAAGAAAGGGGUGAGUCGACUGGACAAACAGAUGCGGAAAUUCACAGAUAUCAGGAAAAAAAGCAGAUCGGCCCAUGCAGUGAAAAUCAGCAUUGAGGGCAAUAAGAUGCCAUUGUGACCCUUCACAGAAUAUCCCAUGAUCUCUGCUGUAAGACAAUACACCCAUAGACUCUUUGGAGACCUUUAAAUUUUUUAACAACUCGUUCGGGGUUUUUUAGUGAAUCUUUUAAAUUGUUGGUUCAGGUUCUGGUAUAAGAUGUUGUCCAAGGACUGUGAAUAUGGGGACUUCUUUCUCCUGAUUGUAUUUAAACUUGCUCUAUUGUGUCCUUUGUACAGAUCACGUAUUUGUUGUAUUGCAACACUUUAGACAAUAAAACAUCUUCUCUUUUUU